UGAACAAUAACAAGAACUUUACCUCUUGACGUCCUAUAGACGAUCAGUACAGUAAUGCAUUACUGUACCCGUUCUGAUAAACUUCAUUAAAUGAUCGUCUUUGAUCCUGUUGCCGCGCAGAAAAAAGAGGAAGCCAUUUACCUAUCUUUCGGUACAAGAACUACAGUUAAAAACGGCGACCAAUUGAGAACGGUAGUUAAGUCCACGAGUAGAGGGGUAAGCAUGUUUUAGCAGCGACAACAGUACGCGGUAUGUAGAUACGAAGCCGGUGUAAACCGGGAAGCCGUAGUUCGUGGACCGUAGUAAGCGUGGUAACACUGGACAGUCAACGACAUUUGGAAACCGGUCACGCUUUGGAAUUCAGGUAAAUCAUCAUGCGGCUGCUUCUGCUUAAAAUAUCGCUGUCGCUGCUUUUGGUGGCGGAAAUUGGCGCCGCAGGAGUUGGCAAAGCAUGGCAAGUUCUUCCAUAUACAACCGAUUAUUGGAAUCAUCCAUCGUGGCCACGGCUCGACUCUUCUGCAUUCGAAGUUCGCAGCGUGAGCGGUGUGGGCCACCUUAAUCCCCUGGAAACAACUCAGAAGAAUCUAAAACUUGAACAAUCGAAAUCCAUCGAGCCUAACACCCUCUUGCUAUCCAAACGCUCUGUACUCGGCCAAAAAUAUUUGAACCAGUUUAAACCUAUUAUUGAAGAUUCUUUCCGCGAUCAACAUGAAAAUCGCGACGAAAGGAAUGAUGCAGGAAAGGAGAAAAAAAUUUUGUUACCAAAGGAUGUUGCAGAUAAAGCAAAGGAUAGUGUAUCGAGAGUACGUCGCGAUUCAGAGAACGAAACGAAGCUGGAACAAAUAUCUACCUCGAAAAACGUCCGAGAGGUACGACUAAGCUCUCCAGACACCUGGUCCACUCAACCACUCUCCGUAGAAUUUCCUCACAGAACCGGCCUGGAUCAGAUGAUCCAGCAAACAAUGGACGACGACGAUCUGCCGAAUGCAAGAGGUUAUCACGCUCCUCGAGCCGAUUUUGUAACUAGUCAACACAGAAGGAGUUAUGAACACAGAGAAACCAGAGAUAUGCCAGUUACUAGAGGUUAUGAUGAUUAUGACAUUCCAUGGUACAGAAGCGCCAUUAGAGAUCGAGAAUACGAUCCCCUAAGUUAUCGUCGUGGGUACAGUUAUUACUACCCUGAUCGAUACAGGACUGAAAGGGACUACUACAUGCGUGUUCCUAAUGAUUAUUCUUAUUACUAUGAUCGAUACAGAGACGAAGAUUUGGAUCUCUAUGGUCGAAGUCGACCCACGCCAAAACCCAAGAGAAUCAUUUACUACGCUACUCUUCCAGAAAUAAUUAGGAAACCUGUGGACCUGAGGAAUUACCCUAGACCCUACGAUGGAACUAGAACACCAGUUUCUAGGGAUGGAAGUUAUAAACGUAUUCCUGGGAACGUUGAUCCUAGUAGAUAUCGAUAUAGACAUCUAUACGACGGUUAUGAUAACUACUCGAAAAGGUCGAGCUUGCUGGAUAGACCUUAUCCUUAUUCCGAAGAGGAGAGUCGUCGUAAGGUGACGCUAGAAAGUCUUCGAAACAACGACCCAUUUGACCAGAAUAACGACAGAAAAUUGGCUAACCAGAUCUCGGUGAGGAAUGACGGGAAGCUACCAUGGCCUGUACAGAUUGGAACGGAAGUGAGUGUGAAGGACGAUGAAAGAAUACCUGGAAGGAAAAUUUUUGGAGAAAAUAAUGGAUAUGAGAGAUUCCAAAACGCACAGUUGCAGAAAGCGUCAGAUGCGACUGGGUCCAGCGAAUUACAGAGCGAUAAUUGA